AUGGAAAACUCAGACGGAACAAUGCUGCUGCUUGAAGCGAGGGUCAGCGGAUAUACGAAGGCCCUGGAUCGGUUGAUACUAGAAUUAGCCUCUAUCCUAAUGGCAUGCUACUUGAACAAAGCCGAAAAAUACACAGAUCAUUUCGCAAAACUCACACGUUAUUUGGCGGCCAAGGAGAUACGCAAUGAACUUACGGAAAGGCGCCAAGGGUUGCUUCAGCAAUUAAGACAGAGGCCCGAUUCUUCUACUACAUUUUCGGAAACGAUGCUUUUCCUUUGGCCAGAAGAUGAAAUUCCAGUAGAGACUGCUCUUGGGAAAGACCUGGAAGCUCUGGAUGCCAUCCGUGAAGAAUUUGGCUAUUAUAUCUAUCUAUAUGAGGAAUCUCCACAUGAACAAAAAUAUAUUCGAGUCGAUGGUCACGAUCACGGAAUUAUCAUCGAGAUUGUCAAGCGGUUCCGAGCAAAAUGGGUGAACCUUUUGACGGAAAUGGGCAUCAAACCCAAGUUAUAUCUAGUCCAAAUUCCUAACGUCGACCUCCUGAAAACGGAAAUAGGCUUGGUCAAAUGCCGCCAACCUGGUUGCUGUACUAUCGAGGCAGUCCCUGUACUCUUCGGAGGAUAUUUAUAUUCGUCUGAUUUGAGAGUUAGCAUUGAUAGAGGAAAUUUGCUUUCUUCAAAGAACGAGCUUCGCUUGCGUAGUGCUGUCAAUCAAACUCUUCAGAGCGUGCGAUUCCUAGUGGGCCAUGUACGAAUGCGGGUGAAUCUUGGGAAAUUUGUUCUUGAAAAUUACCGAGUUCCUCCAGAUUCGAAGCCACGGUAG